CAGCUGUGUUCGGUUGUGAUUUGGGUCUUGGUUGUUUACAUUUUCGCGGGAUGACCACUCCCGAGGGGAAGGAGGGCGCGGGCCCCAACGGGCAGCCGCCGCAGUCGUGGGUGCAGUUCGACGAGGAGGACGGGAACCAGCAGGCGCCGGCGUCCAGGGCCGACAGCACGCCCGCCGUCAUCGACGCACAGGCCGUCCAGGUGAGCCUGGAGAACCACAGCACAGACAAAAAUGUGUCAAGAACGGUCUCAGAACCAGUUAAUGGAGUGCGUAAAACUUCAGUAACUUCACCAACAACGCCCUCCAGUAUCACCUCAGAUACGCGAGUUACAAUGUCGCAACUCAGCCCAGCACAACUCCAUAAUGUCCCUCUACAUGACCCUUCAGCACGGCCACCUGCCAAUGCUCAGCCUGUGAUUAGACAAGGAUUCUCAAAUGGGGAUGUAAUUGUAACGUUAUUACCCCAGAACACUUCAUUGCCAUGGGUUACUCCAGCACAGUUCAGGCCAGAACUUGUUCCUGAAGAGCUGAUGGCUCAAGGCCUCACACUUACAGUUGAAGACUAUGUUCACAUAAUGUCUCAGCUGGUCAAUGACUACCGUUUCACCUUGUAUAAUGUGUGCUACAAGCGUAUCCUCAUGGCCUGGAUCAUCUUGGGUUUUGUUAUCCUUUUGGGUAUCCUCUUCUCAGGCCUGACUCAAUUAAAAUUAUUUGGUGCUGGAAUUGGCUGGCUGAUGGUUAACGCAGCUGCGAUAUUUUUCUGUAUGUGGGUGAAGAUCCAGCUGAACAAAUCAUUAGAACGUUGCAUUGCUGGAAUCAACCUCCAGCUUCUGAGACAUAAGAUUCUAUUAGGUCUGGAUGACCGAGGGAAACUCUCUUGUCACAAGGUCAAUCUCUGCUUCAUCUAUUUUGAUACUCAUGAUUGCGUGGCCAAGUUGCAAGAGAUUAUUGAGCAAGAGGAGCGGGCUGGACGCACUGUGAAUAGCGAGGAGGCCAAAAUGUCCCCUCUUCACCAGCGCAUGGAUAUUGAUGACUCCGACAUUAUCAUCACAGGAGCAACUAACACCCGCAUCUCAAGGCAACAAGACAGAGCACGUAUUCUACUAGCGCGAUAUAGUCAACGUUGGGUGAAGGGAGUAGCUCGAGGGUCUCUGUCAAUAUCAAGUGAUGCAAGUGACUCCACUAGUCCUCCUUCAUUACCUCCUCGCCACAGUUCCUCAAAACAGUGCCUGUGCCAGUAUAUUGAAGACCACCUCCACUACAAGCCACAAGGUUGCUUUGCUCUGUGUGAUAUGUGGCAGCAGGGGAGCAGUAGCGCUCUCCAGACUGGACCUCAAACGGGAACUAACCUUGCCUGAAGAGGCCAGAAGUUUUGUCAGCAGUUGUGAAUAUCUUCUACUUUCAUUAUUGGUGAAAGAAAGCUCUUAAACUGGUUCUUGCACAGUAUGAUGAUUAUAAUUUUUUAUGUUCAUCCACUACCCUUACUUUGAAUUUUAUUGAUUGUUUGGAUUGCUACAUACAAAUUGUUAUUAUUAUUGGUAAUGAUUGUAAUCUAUUAUGCUGUGUGGGAAUUAGUCCUUCUGUCUUAUUUUCUAUUUUUCUGAGUAUAUGUUGCACUUUAAUUUCAUUGCACUGCACCUGAAAUGUGUGAUGAUAUAUUAUCUUGCCUGGCUUGUUUUCACUCUUAUUGUCCUGUUACCAUAUUUGGAAUAUUAUAAUUUAUUUGUGAUAUCCUGAUUAAGAAUAUAUAAUUUUAAAGAUUUUCUUGUUUAUAUAUAAUUUCUAAUACCUGUAAUUCCAAUAUCAUUAGAUUAAUAUAUUAAUUGUUUUGAUGUAUUUUAAUGAUUACCAAGUGAACUUUAAAACAUAUUUGCAUAUGAUGACAGGUCCAGUGAUGUAAGUUGUCUCGUUAAUAUUAUCGUGUGUGCAUGUUGUAUCUUGCAGGGGAAUGUCUGUGGUGUGUGCAGUUGGCUGACGUCAUGCCAUCAUAUAAUGCUGCUUAAUAUAUAUAACAGAAAUUAUAGUAAAAAUAAGAAGUGUGUCAAGUAUUAUUAUUAUUAUUAUUAUUAUUAUUAUUAUUAU